CCUCCCCCUCCGGUACCCCACGGGCUGCACGCAGCACCACGUGACCUGCGCGCCGCGCACAGCACGAGCAGCUCACACCGCAUCAUGGCUGCGCAGGAUGCGGCCGCGCGGUCCCGACCCGGAGCCGUGCGCUCCCACCGGGCUCCGUCGUGUCCGUCCCGGAUGCUGCUCCUCUCCCUGACCUCCUGCUGUCUGCUCCUCCCCGCGCCGGCGCGCGGCCUGCUCGGUUUUCGUCCGGAGGAGACCGGGGCGGAGCUGUCCGUGCAGGACGGGGUGCUGAAAGCCACCGAGGGGAGCCGCUUCAUGCUGCGGGUUUAUUACUCCACGUCCGCGCAGACGCUCAACCGCACGGCGGGCGCGCGCGCCAACAACGCCGCGCCCUGGAUCGCUUUCAUCGAGGAGCCGGCUCCGGGGCGAGAGGGGCAGGUCCACCCGAAGCGGAACAUGUGCACGGACAAGAACGCCAGGACGUCCGACAUCGAGGUGCUGGGCUCCUUCAAGUCGGCUUCGAGCCAGAACUCGGUGCUGGUGGAGCUGCUGGCUAAGGACCUGCGGAGGGGGGAGAAGAUCAAACGCUACUCCACGUGCGCCUUCGACGGCUCCAAGUGGGAGCACUACCGCACGCGGGACUUCUGGGUGGCGGUGGUGGAGCGCUCGGCGGUCCCGGAACUCUGGCUGCAGGUUCUGGUGUCCGUCCUGCUGCUCGGACUCUCGGCACUGUUCAGCGGACUGAACUUGAGCCUGCUGGCUCUGGACCCGGUGGAGCUGCAGGUUCUGCAGAACAGCGGCACCGACAAGGAGCAGAACUACGCGCGGAAAAUCGAGUCCGUGCGUCGGCACGGGAACUACGUCUUGUGCACGCUGCUGCUCGGGAACGCGAUCAUCAACGCGUCGCUCGCCGUAUGGAUGUGCCAGAUUCUUGGCAUGACGUGGAUCUCCACGGUCAUCUGCGCCUUCGGGAUCUUCUUCAUCGGGGAGAUCCUUCCGCACUCGGUGGCGUCGCGUCACGGCCUCGCCAUCGCCUCCAAAACCAUCUGGGUGACGCGCCUGCUGAUGGUCCUCUCCUUCCCCAUCUCCUACCCCAUCAGCAAGCUCUUGGACCUGAUCCUCAACCAGGAGAUCUCCAACUUCUACACCAGGGAGAAGCUGCUGGAGAUGCUGCGCAUCACGGACCCGUAUCACGACCUGGUCAAAGAGGAGCUCAACAUCAUCCAGGGCGCGCUGGAGCUGCGCACCAAGACGGUAGAGGACGUGCUGACGCCGCUCACGGACUGCUUCAUGCUGACCUCGGACGCCGUUCUGGACUUUAACACCAUGACUGAGAUCAUGCAGAGCGGAUACACGCGGAUCCCGGUCUUCGAGAACGAGCGCUCCAACAUCGUGGACAUCCUGUUCGUCAAAGAUCUGGCCUUCGUGGAUCCGGACGACUGCACGUCCCUGAAGACCAUCACCCAGUUCUACAACCACCAGCUGCACUGCGUCUUCAACGACACCAAACUGGACGCCAUGCUGGAAGAGUUCAAGAAGGGAAAGUCUCACCUGGCGAUCGUGCAGCGGGUGAAUAACGAAGGUGAGGGCGACCCGUUCUACGAGGUGAUGGGCAUAGUCACGCUGGAGGACGUCAUCGAGGAGAUCAUUAAAUCAGAAAUCCUGGAUGAGACGGAUCUCUACACUGACAAUCGUACGAAGCGCCGCGUUUCUCACAACGAGCGGAAGCAGCAGGACUUCUCCAUCUUUAAACUCUCAGAGAACGAGAUGAAAGUGAAGAUUUCGCCUCAGUUGCUCUUGGCAACGCACCGCUUCCUGUCCACAGAGGUGGAGCCUUUUAAACCAGCUCAGAUUUCUGAGAAGAUCCUGUUGAGGCUGAUCAAACACCCGAGCGUGGUCCAGGAACUCAAGUUUGAUGAGAAGAACAAGCGAGCGCCACAACACUUCCUGUUCCAGAGAAACAAACCGGUGGAUUUCUUCAUCCUGGUGCUGCAGGGUCGAGUUGAAGUGGAGUUUGGUAAGGAGGCUCUGAAAUUUGAGAACGGAGCUUUCACUUACUUUGGAGUCCCAGCCAUCAUGCCGGCAGUUCACAGAUCGCCGUCUCGCAGCAGCGGUUUGGAUCGUUCAGACACAAUGUUGUACGGCGGCAGCAUGGGUCAGCUCAACGGAGCGGGGAAUGUCUACCUGCCGGACUACUCCGUCAGACAACUCACUCAUCUUCAGAUCAUCAAGAUCACUCGCAGCCACUACCAGAAUGCAGUAACCGCCACUCGGAUGGACAGCUCCCCUCAGACGCCUGACGCUGACACCCGUCCAACAGAGGGAAACACCCUGACUCUGGAGCCCCCCGCCCCGGAAUAUGGCACCGCCCUGAUGCCUCCAAGAGAGUCCGGGCGACCCGGCUCAGCGCGAGCCAGAGGACAGCCGUCCAGCGUCCCGCACAGCACCUCGCUGCUAAACGAGAAGAACCAGAUUGUCCGCAGUAAAUCUGAUGGCCAGAAGAGUCCCAGCGACUCCGUCUUCCUCAGGAUGGACGAGAUCCCGUACAUCAGAGAGGACGGCGCGGAGAUCGCCGAACAGACCGACAUGGCUGCUGUUCCCAUGGAAACAGACACGUCUCCUUUCAUCAGCAGCUUGUCCCUGAGCGGCUCUGAGGACACGCUGGGAAAGAAACUCCUGCUCAAACUCAGCCACAAAAAGAGGAAAAAGUCUCGUGAAGGAGAGAAGACGCCAGAGGACAUUUCAGAACAGCCGCUGGUGGAAACCUAGCGGCGGGAAAAACCAUCAGCUGAUGAUUUUUUUUUUUUUUUUCAAGUUGUUUGUAAAGACAAUGCAGUCUGAGAUCUACAUUUAUCAGAGUUUUAUCUGAAACCACACCCCCACCGAGUUACAACGUCCAAUCAUCAGGAACCUACACAGGAA